AUGGCCAUUCCUUGGAACGAAGAAUCGGUCUUUGAGUCCUACGACAUCAUCGAGCCAACAUUCAAGACUGUCGCUUCCCACGACAUCAAAACAGCUAUCCUCGUACCCAAAGGACUCAAACCUGGUGCCCAUCCGGUCAUCUACCACAUCCACGGCGGCUUUCUCGUCAUGGGCCACGCCUUGUUUGCGCCCUUUUUUGCAAAGUGGGUUGAUAAACUGGCGCUGAAGAACAAUGCAAUCAUCAUCUCCCCUGAUUACCGUCUUUUACCUUCUGCGAAUGGUCUUCAGGAUAUUCUUGAAGAUGUCGAAGACGGAUGGCAGUGGACGAAGUCGCAACUACCUGGCGUUCUGGAGAAUAGUUUUCCAGGCAUUUCAAUGGACCUUUCGCAUACGUUACUCGUUGGUGGUUCUGCUGGUGGCUACUGCGCAACUCAGCUGGCUCUUUCUCAUCCAGAUGACUUCCAGUCUCUUGGCCUCGUCUACCCUUUGAUCGAUAUUGACGACAGAAUCUAUACCGAAGGCCCUCGCUCAGACGAACCUACCAUCUUACGCAUGCCAGUAGAAGAAUUUCCUUCCAAGGAGGAUACUCUAGCCUGGAUCGAAGAGAAUCGCAAAGUCCCCGAAACCAGAGCCGGUUUCGAAAGAACCCCUUACGCUGCUGCUGCCGCUCAGCGGGGACUCUUUGCGUCUCAUCUGCUCGACAACAAAGGCUUGAACAGCGCCGAGUUCAGACCGAUUAAGAGAAUUGAGGCCGGAGCUAGACUGCCAACCAAGACGUGGAUUAUGCACGGUAACGAUGACUCAACUGUGCCAGUUCGUGCUUCCCACAAGUUUGUGGAAUUCAUCUCGCAGAAGCUCCCUGAGGUCACUGUGCGCUUUGAUGUGGUUCCUGGCGAAGACCAUGGAUUUGACUUUGAUGAGAAGAGGUGGGAGUCCUUUGAAGAUGAGGCACUCGGUUUCAUCACGGAGCCGUGGCUGGCUGAAUCUUGA